GAUGUAGUAGGAAAAAAUAGAGGUGUGACUGGGAAAGAAAAAGAAAAUGUUAUAGAAAUUGAAGAAAGAAAUGAAUUAGAAAGUGAAAAGAAUAUAGUAAUAGAAGAUAAAGAAAGAGAAGGUGAUAAAGAAAAAAAUAAAGAAGAAGAAUAUGAUAAGAUGGAAGAAGAUAAUGAAAGUAAUGAGCUAGAAAAUGAAGAAGAAAAUGAGAUGGAAGAAGAUGAAGAAGGAAUUGAGAUAGAAGAAGAUAAAGAAAGAAAUGAAAUAGAUGAUGAUGAGUUGAAAGAAGGAGAAGAUGAUGAAGUAGAAGAAGAUGUUGAGAUAGAAGUAGACAAAACAGAAGAAAAUAAAGAUAAAAAUAAAGGCAAACAACUGCAAGAUAAUAUUGACAAAACAAUUUCCAGUUUAAGAACUUCAACACCUUCAUCUACAAAAGGAAUUGCUAAAACAUUAGAUAAAACUUUUUCUAUUCAAACUGUGAAAUUUCAGGAUAUGUAUAAUAGUCUAAAUAUAAUAUUUCAAAAUAUUUUUUCUGAUUUAAAUACAAAAAUUUCGGAAAUAAAAGAUAAAGUUAUAGAAUCUACAAAUGAACAAAGAAAUAUAUUAGCUAUUCUUGAUGAUAUUAGAAUUGAAAACACUCAAAGUUUGAUUCAUCACAAGAUUACAAGUUAUCUUAAUUCUGAAAAUACUGAUGAUAUUGCUUUCAAGUUUAAUUUAAAAAAGCCACCAGAUAACUGUUUUAAUCGAGAACAUAUAGCUUCAGAAGAAAAAAUCGAAAGUAUUAAAGUAUUUAAUAGAAGAAAAAGACAAAAAAAUCAGAAAGCAAAAAAGAGAUGUGAAUGUGCAUCAUUUAUGAGUUAUGAUGAGUUAGGUGAAUCUUUAUCUGAUAUUGAAAAAGUAAUUAAACCAGAAUAUGCAAGUCCAGAAAUUAGUG